AGAGGCAACACUCCACACAGACAACCAUGGUGAAGAACAUCGCCGUCGGCCUCAAGCGCGGGUACCCCGUCCAGAAGAUCAAGCCCAUGAAGACCUCCAAGGACCGCAAGGGCGUCCUCGGCAAGCGCACCAAGUUUGUUCGCGAGGUCAUCCGUGAGGUCUCCGGCUUUGCCGCCUACGAGCGCCGCAUCAUGGAGCUCCUGCGUGUCGGCCACGACAAGCGUGCCCUCAAGUUCGCCAAGAAGCGCCUCGGCACCCACACCCGUGCCCUCCGCAAGCGUGACGAGAUGGGCGCUGCGCUCCGCGCCAUGCAGCAGGCCAACCGUGCCCGCGCUCAGGAGGAGGCCGCCGCUGCCAAGGCCGCCAACUAA